GAAAUUGAUGUGAGAGCCUUCAACAUCAGUGGCGCUGGUGGUAAAGUAUGCGAAAGUUGGGAUCUUUUCCGAUGAUAAAAUUGUGCUUUAGAAUUUUGCAGGGCUUAGAGCUGUCAUUGAUUAACUUCUUGCCGUUCUUGGUGAACAAGGAAGCCGUUUCUGGGACUUGCUCGGCAAAAGCUGAAAGCCCUGCCUAAACCCUUCAAAGAAGAGAUUCCUAUUUCCUCUGAAACAACAAAAUGUCAGUGAGUGGCCGGAAGAGUGCUCUCAUUCCCCUGUUUAAAAAUAAGGGUGAUGUAUAAGAAUGUGCCAACUAUCGAGGGAUUGAGCUUAUGAGUCACACCAUGAAACCUUGGGAGCGAAAGGCAUCGAUUGGCUAACACGUUUCUUCAACAUGAUUUGGAGAAACAACAAAAUGUUUAUGAUUUGGCGGAAGAGUACUCUCAUUCUCCUAUUUAAAAAUAAGGGUGAUGUACAGGAAUAUGCCAACUAUCGAGAGAUUAACUUAUGAGUCACACCAUGAAACUUUGGGAGCGGGUGGUUGAGCAAAGACUUCGUAAAAGUGUGAAAAUUUCAAAGAAUCAAUUUGGUUUUAUGCAUGGACGCUCAACAACUGGGUUAUUCACCUCCUUAGACAAGUUGUGGAGAAGUAUAUAAACACUAAAAAGGACCUGCAUUUGGUGUUCAUUGACUUGGAAAAAGCAUAUGAUAGGGUAACUCGGUAUGUCCUUUGGUGAGCCUUAACUAGAAAAGGCAUAUCUCGUAAGUAUAUCAGUAUCAUCAUGGAUAUGUAUGAUGUUUGUACUACAAGUGUGUGCACUAGCGUAGGGAGGACCACAGAGUUCCGUAUUACUAUCGGAGUGCACUAAGGGUCUACUCUGAGUCCUUUAUUAUUUGCUAUAGUCAUGGAUGAACUUACAAAGUCAAUUCAAGAAGAUAUAUCGUGGUGCAUGAUGUUUGACGACGAUAUUAUGUUGAUGGAUGAGACGCAAUUUGGUGUUAAAGCAAGGUUGGAAGUAUGGCGACAAACAUUGGAGAUCAAGGGUUUCAAAUUAAGCCGAAGCAAGAUUGGGUAUAUGGAGUACAAGUUUGGUGGGGGUAGAAGUAGCAGUGACACUGAGAUAACUCUUGAUGGUGAGGAGAUACCGAUUCGUGAUAUGUUCUGUUACUUGGGCUCCAUAAUUCAGAGGGAUGGUGAAUUAGAUGGAAAUGUAUCCCAUAGAAUCAAAGCUGGGUGGAUGGAGUGGAAGAUUGAUUCAGGAUUUCUAUGCGAUCGAGGUAUGCCGAAUAGACUAAAGGGUAAAUUUUAUCGAACAUCAAUUAGGCAUGCAUUAAUGUAUGGGGUAGAGUGUUGGGCAGUGAAACAAUGUCACUUCAAAAGAUGAGUGUGACAGAGAUGUGUAUGUUGUGUUUGAUGUGUGGACAUAGUAUAAAAGACCAUUUGAUGAAUGAGACAAUUAGACAAAAGGUGAAAGUAGCACCUAUUGAAGAUAAGAUGCAGGAGUCUCAUUUGCGGUGGUUUGAUCAUGUGCGUAGAAGAUCAAGUGAUGCACAUGUUAGACGACUUGAGCGGUGGGAAGAAGAGGCAAGAAGGAGAUGGAGAGGAAGACUCAAACAUACUUGGCUUAGAGGAAUCAUAACCGAUAUGCGUCUUCUUGGGUUGGAUGAGAUAUGGCUUUAAUUUAGAGUGAUCUUUUUUUUAUCUUUUCUCUCUCUUUCUCUUUUAUUGUUUAUCUUCAUUAUCUUUUUAUGUUAGUUUUAUCUUUUAUCUUUUUUAUGCUCUUUUAUAUUUUUAUCUUUUAUCUUUCGUAUAUUACUACGUUAUUGUUAUCUUAUAUAUAUCUUUAUCUCAUCCAUUUUAUUUUACUUUUUUCUUAUCUUUCUUCUCUUUGUAGCACUGAUAUCAUGGACCGAUUCAUAUCAACCGACCCCAAGAUCUUUUGGGAUCAAGGCUUAGUUGUUGUUGUUGUUCUAGGAAUGAUUUGCUACUCGAAUAAUAACGGUACAAAAUAAACGGCUCUUUC